GUCUUUUUCUUUUUGCGAAAUAACCGAAGCGUGAAAAAUUAUCGUCGAUGAAACGAGUUGAAAAAAGUUUUUACGAUGUUUGCACGGUUGGUAUUUACUCGUCGUCGUCGGUGAGUUUUCGAUCUUCUUUCAUCUCUGGUUUUCUUUAUUUCUCGGUUCGGCCAUGUUUUAAAAUUAAGAAUAUAGCCGACCAUCUGAAGAAAACUUUUUCCAAUAGUUUAAACUGAUGCGGUGGUGAUGGUAGAAGUUUGAUUUGUAAUCAAUCGUUUCACUUUGGUCCUAAAAACUUCGACGUGAAUGGACAGAGCGUCAAAACAAAUCAAAGUGAGAUUCCAUUUUGGUGAAAUAUCUGCACGGAAUUCAACUCGGUGGUCUUCAUUAUCCGAAUACAGGAAAAAUGUUGGAAAAUUCGGGGAAAUCUUUAUCGUUUUUAUUCUUGAUCGUUUUCCAAUUGGUAAAUGCGCCGGAUUCCAGUAAGUGGCCAUACUUGAGUACAACUACUUCAUCAAGUGAUGCAUUCUUGUUUAACAGACAACUAGAUGAAAAAUUUGAAAAAGAGCCGAAUAAUUAUUGGUCGGUUAGCGAAGCGCGAGAUGCUAUAAUAAAACAAGAUUGGGAUUGCGGAACUCAGCUGAGAAAAGUUAUGAACGCUAGAUCUUAUGAAUUUGAAAAUGAUACUUACAAGACUACAGAUGAAACACGAAUUAAAUAUAAUUGGAGAGGAAAUGCUUCUGAUUUUGGUAGCUGUAUAUGCCUAGCAGCAAAUGACUUACGUGUAGUCAUCAAAGAAUUGGCUAAAACACUCAAAUAUGGAAAUUGGACAGUUGUUGCUAAUGUGGCAAAAAAAGAUCCUGACUUUGAAAAUAAAAUUAAAACAUAUAUGAAUCGUGCAGAGGUCUUCAUCAAUCUGGUAACUGAAUUUGUCAAUGAAACGAUACCAUUUGACAAGAUCGUAAUUGACCAGUAUUGGUUUCAAUUAUCAAUCAUGUUUCCCAGCUUAUUGGCUCAUUAUAUGAUGGUUCCUUAUCAAUUUCGUGAAAUACCAUCUAAAAAAAUUACAUCAAACAUAUUGAAAAUUAUUCAAACACCAUUUCAAAGUUUAUCAUAUGUUCGUGAUGGUGUAUAUGCAGUAAGUAUGUUUGGACCAUGGCUCAUAGCUCAGAUCUACGAUUUGGGUUGUGACGAAACAAUAUAUAAGAAAAACAUAAUCGAUGGUGAAGUGUAUGGAAAAAUGAUGAAGGAGUUAGCAUUACCUUAUAGUGAGUUUCCUUUUGGUGAAGGAGUUCAUCGUGACGGAAUAUACAUAGCUCGCGGUGCGGCUCUUGACUUUGGUUACUUGAAACUGAUGUGCUCGAGUACUACCAUGUAUGCAUAUUCAUUUGACAAAAACUUGGCCAAUAAGCCCACACCACUGGUGCACUGGAAGAGAAUCUUAUCACUUAUACUUCAUCCCAAUAUUAAUCGUGGUCCUCCAGGUAUACUAAGCCGUAAUAAUGAUUUCUUCUCUGAUAAUUAUCCGGAAGCACCAUUGGGCUGUAAAAUCAUGCCAAUAGCUCGAAUUUUGCGCAUCAAUACACCUAAGUGCAGAUUCUUUGCGCGAGGUGUGACUGGAUUUGUUUCAUGCUUUCUGUCAGAUGUCAAUAGCUACUUGUAUUCUCAGUAUAGUGUCCAGUCUCGUAUACCUUACAGCGCCGAAUCCAAUGUUCGAAUUCCGGAUUUUAAAUAUGCCUAUGGUUUGAUAUUUUCCAUAAAUCAGGACAAUUACAUUAAACUGAGGUAUUACCCCUCCGCCAAAAAUUAUAUGUUAUAUCCCUCCAGAGAUUCGUAUAGCAUUGUUGGUAGUUUAGGUCUCACAGAGGAAACUCGGCAAGAUUUUCUGCUACAAAAUUAUGAAAUACCAGAAUAUGGCAAAUAUCGUGUAUACGAGUACAUUCGUUACUCACAUCGUAAUAAAACAUACGUGGUCAUAGAUUUAGAAAUUGAUAACCGCAAAGGAGACAAGGAAUUAGGUAUUCGGUACAGUUUGGUCGAUGUAGACCCUCAUAAACUCCAACAAACUAAAUACCAACUUCAAGUAUUGAAAAUUCCAAUGGGAAAAAUUGCGCGAUUGCAGCAUAUUGUCAACUUGGGGAAUUGUACAAUUAGGACAAUUCUGGAAGGAAACCUUCAGCGUAAUCCAAUGUGGCGAGAUUUUGAUGCUGGCAAGACAAUAUUACCUUUGGAUGAAUUUGAGAACAGCGUUGAGAAAUGGACUUUGGAUACACAAAACAAUGUAGUGUCGUCGUCGGUUUCUGGUGAAUAUAUGUGCGCUGCUCCUCUGUUUGAUGAGGAGGAAGGUGAGACGAUUCGUGACGGCAAAUUUGUCUUUAAUGCUGAGGAUAGAAACGCGUAUAUGCGCAAGAAAUCAAAUAUUCUGAUAUUCUUCAACUAACCGGCAGUUUUAUUGGGUGUAUUUUAUUUUUCAUAUUUUAUGCUUAUUAUCGGAGCUCAGUUUUAACUAAAUCUAUUAUUUGAAAGUUACUCAAUUUAUAUUAUACAUAAUUUUUAUGAGCAAAGAAGGUAGGUAGGUAUCGCAACAGUGUGAUUGAUUUCGAAUUUUCAAAAAUUUACAAAAAAAUAAAUAAAAUACCUACUUAGGUACUUUCUUUGUACCAAUAUAUAGGAACCUACCAAAAAUAAUAUUAAUAAUUAAACGUAUGUAGGUAAACCCUUUUUACCACCUACCUUAAUCCAAAUUAUAAUAAUAAUUAUUUUUUUUCAAGUUUUGUUUGCAUUAGAUCACUUUCCUAUAAGUAUAGUUCUUAGAGCUUCUAGAAUGGUAAUGAGAAAAAUACAAUAAAAUAAAAUAAAUAUGACAUGUAGUGUUUUGGGAAUAUGUUUUUUGAAAUGAUGGCUGAAAAAAUCAUCUGUGCAUUACUUACAAUGAUCUUUUUUAUUGACAUAAAUACUUACUUAGGUAUUUGGUAGAGAAUCACCCAUUUAAUUUUUUAUAAGAUACCUAAUAAAUUUCAAUAAAUUGAGUAGGUAGGUACUUCGUAUCUAUGGUUUUAUUUUAGUUUUAUCAAUUAUAUUUCAUUUUGUUUUCUUUAG